UUCCUUCUGGGAUGUUAUAACACGUUGUUCUUCUGGUGGGAAAGGAAGCACAAGUGGGAUAUAAAAGAAGGAGCCGUGGGACCAGGUCCAGGUGGGGCAAGGCACUGCAGCUCAGAGGAAAGCAAGAUGGUGCGAGGCUGGUUAUCCCUCCUGCUCUUUGGGACGGUCUCAGCCAUCCUCCCCCGGAAGAGCCCUCCCCUGGGCUUUAAAGAGGUCUGUGCCCUUCUAGUCCAGCAGCACAACAUCGAGUCCGGCCCUAUGUUCCUCUUCCGACUGGAGUCUGCAAUCCCUCGGCGCCAAUGGGAUCCCCUCUCCUCAAAGCUCCAAGGUUUCUCCCUCAAGAUCAAAGAGACGGUGUGCAAAGGGAAUCCCAUGAAGAUCAACAUCAACAACUGCGCCUUCAAACCCAACGGGGUGACCAAAUCCUGCCAAGGAGGCUAUAAAUAUAUGGGUGGGGUCCCCAAGAAAGUCAUGGGAAUGAUUGUGUGCGAAACCUAAUGAAACAAGGCUUAUCCCUUGGGUGAAACCAAGGUCUGCAAGAAGGACCAAAUACUCACAAAUCCAUCCCACAGAUAAAGAAAACGCCUCCGGUUAGAAUGCAUAAGCAUCUGCUGACUUAGCUUGAAAUGCUACUAGUAUAUAUCAAUGCAAGGGAAAUAAAAUAAUAGCGUACAA